CCGUCAAUGAUGAACCCAAAGUCAAAUGGUUGGGUUAGAUAAUCGACCCUAUGCCACCACCACCGUCGUUUUUUGGCAAAUCGUAACUAGGCACGAGCUGGCCGCUCGGAUUGGAUUUACAAUUUUUCGACCAAUUAAACCGGCAAUCCAAAAUGUUUCAUCGGCGCAAUUUAAACGUUUUGAUCGUGUCAAUGAUUUUAAUUCAUCAGCAAUUGGCACAGGGUAGACCUCAAGAGAAGUCAGUAACUUCCAACAGUGAAGUGGGAAGCAGACGAGCAAAUGAGCUGACCAGAGAGACAAAGAUUGGGGACUCAAAGGUUUUCGGUCUACUGCACAACGAAUCCGAAAACAAGGAAGCCAAACUGGAAAAAGAGGACCUGACCUCCAAGAUAUAUUCUUUCUACGACAAUAUUCAGCAAAAAAUUAUCGACGCAUUGAACCCCGGAGCGGUCGUGGACAAGGCAACCCCCAAAGAUUACAAGCCAAACCCAAUAGAGGAUUAUCAGGCGUUCCGAGAAGGAAUCAUCAAAGUGGUAGAUGCCCUAACCAAACAGCUGAAUGCGGCCAUUGAGGCUCCCAAAGAACUUUUCAACAAGGCGAAGAAAGGUCUUACGAAAUCCGUCAACGAAAUCGGCUCCAAACUGGUUGGAUUGGAAUGAAACACUGAAACGCUGGAGUAUAUCAUCGUUUAUUUUGGUCACUGUGUAAAUACAAUGCUGCAACUUUGGAAUGUCUCUCUUGCUGGCUAAUGAACAAUUUACUCCCUAGUGGAAGCCCUUCGAUCUCCUCAUGCAUGCAUGAUAAAAUAUAAUCAUUAAUCUACGCUAAUCUUCGCGCACUUGUUCCAGUUUGUUGAAAAUAAAUCUAUCCUUGUC